GCGGUCCGUAUCCGCGACGACAGGACGACGAAAGUACGCACGGUCCUUACGAUCGCACCACGAAAUAAUCUAGACAGUCCCAGCUCUGGAGGAGGAGGAGGAGGAGGACAGAGGCCCAGUGGACAUCGCACGGGGAGAGGCGAGGCUAUAAGAUGGCAGACAGAAGUGCGUCCGAGAGUGUUCCUCGGCAGGUUUCUUCUGAGGGCGACGAGGACGAGGCGCGAGAAGAGAUGGAGAAGCGCGAGCCCGCGAGCGUGGCGCUGCUGCCGAGGAUCGACGAGCGAAGGCAGGCGUCGCUGGGGCGAAGCGAGAGCGAGUCUGCAGCUGGCGACGGCGGCGUGGGGUCGUACGGGUCGGUGAUGAAGCGCUGCGUGGUGCCCUUCUUUCUGCUGCUGCUGGUGGUCGGGUUCGUGAGCUACACGGCGGGGCAGAAGCAGAAGCGCGGCCCCGAGGAUUGGGGCCCCGGCAGGCCUUUGCGGAAAUUGAGCAGGCCCUCGGUGAUUUUGAUCUCGGCCGACGGGUUUCGCUGGACAUACAAUUUCAAGCUUCCCACUCCCAACAUCGAGCGCCUGCGCACGAAUGGCACGGAAGCCGUCACGGGAUUGAUUCCCGUGUUCCCUUCGCUGACUUUCCCCAAUCACUACUCCAUAGUCACGGGGCUGUACCCCGCUUGGCAUGGCGUGAUUGCCAACAGCUUCAGCGAUCCCGAGUUCGAGGAUCCCAUAGGGUUUUAUCAGGGCAACAUCGACCCCAAGUGGUGGGGAGGCGAGCCCAUUUGGGUCACGGCCACGAAGAAUGGCUUGCAGGCUGCGACUUACUUCUGGCCGGGGUCCGAGGUUCCCAAUGGCCCGUGGACCUGUCCGCCCGACUUCUGUCAGCAUUACAACAAGACGGUGCCUUACGAGGAUAGGGUUGAUACGGUGCUGAGCUACAUGGAUCUGCCGACGGACAAAAUUCCGAGCUUCAUCAGUCUGUACUUCGAGUCUCCCGAUCACGAAGGCCAUCAAACCGGCCCGGACUCGCCGGAGGUUGCGGCCGCCGUGGGCAGAAUCGACUCUCUGAUCGGGCGUUUGAUCGAUGGGUUGGAGGCGAGGGGCCUGAUGGAGGAUGUGACCAUCAUUUUGGUCGGUGACCAUGGAAUGGCGGCCAACUGCGACUCCAAGAUGAUUUACUUGGAGGACAUGGAGCUCGGUCACGAGCUGAAUUUCGAGUGGGUUGAUGCCUACGGAGCUCUGCUGUCAAUCCGCCCUCCUCCUGAUGUGGACGCCAAGGCGUUGUAUGAGAAAAUGGCCAAGGCCAUGGCUUCCGGCAAAGUCCCGAACAGCGAAUUCUUGAACCUUUAUUUGAAGGAGGAUCUGCCCGAGAGAUUGCACUACUCUGCCAACGAGAGAAUUCAACCGAUUAUUGGAAUGCCAGCUGAAGGCUACAAAGUCGGCCUCACUAGGUACAGUGUCUGUGGAGCGGAGUGUGGAGGGCAGCAUGGGUACGACAACCAGCUUCUGUCCAUGAGAACCGUCUUCAUAGCCCACGGGCCGCAAUUUGCCAGGGGUCGCACGGUUCCCUCCUUCAUCAACGUGGAGAUUUACAACAUUCUGUCAUCCAUUCUGGAGCUCAAAUCCCCCGCUGCCAAUAAUGGUUCAUCGCGUUUCGCAUCCUCUGUACUCCUUCCCUCGACCGAUUGAUGGAGGUGGGCAAAUCUGUCAUCCCCUUGCAUACAGUUUUGAAUUACCGCUUUGUACAUAGACGGCAUACAUCUCAUACAGGUGAGCGCAGCACACGCUAUCACGCGGCUGAUAUCGAUUUCCUCCAGCAGACUUUGGGCCAGGUAGAGCUGGGUCGAAAUGUAGGAUUUGAUUUGGUAGCCGGAAAUAAGAAAAUUCCCAGACAUUUUGUCCAUCGUCCGGAUUUGGUCGGAGGGAGAAGAACAGAGUAAUCAUGUAUUAUGCCUGCCCAGAAUAGUGGAGAUAGAGAACUACGAUUGUUCACAGACACUGGACCCUCUGCCGUGUAACACUUGUGGGCCACUAUCUAUACGAAGUAUUGUGAAGUAUCCGCUGAAGACGGAUUCGUU